AUGGGGGCUGUGGACGAGACGUGGACAAAGAAGGAGCUUCAGGCGGAGUGCAAACGUCGCGGAAUUACGGGGUACUCGCGCUUGAACAAGGCCUCGCUCCUUCGAGCUCUCCAAACAGGCGUUGUCAUGACGCCAUCGGCCACCGGCGGCGGCGGCGGCGGCGGCAGCAGCAGCAGCACAAACACGCAGAGCAAGGGGCCCGCUGAUCUUACUGUGGCGGAACUACGGGAAGAAUGUCGACGGCGGGGGCUGCAGAACGUCUCCAAGCUUAAAAAAGAUGAAUUGAUCCGGUUGUUGAAAGACAACAAAAAGCCUUCUUCCAGCAGCGGCAAUACCCCGGGGGAGGCGAAGCCUCGAGAGGCUACGCUUGAGGAGUUGCGCGCGGAAUGCCGGAAGCGCGGAAUGACGGGCUAUAGUCAUCUCAAGAAACAGGAGCUGAUUCGAAGGAUGGCAGACUACAAGUCGUCGGACAACGGCAGCAAGGGGGUCAAGGCGUCGCCCUCUGUUGCCCGAGGAGGAAAGGCGACGCGAAUAAGGUUCCUGGGGCGGGGAGGGAAAGAAAAGCAGCAGCAACGCGCACGAAUGAAAGGCCCGCUGCGCUCGAGAGCCCAGGAGCGUUUCGACGCCGGUCCUUCUCCCCAAGAUACGCCGGGCUUCCUCUACAUUUACUGCGAGUCCGGCGGCGGCGGCGGUGGCGGAGGCGAUAAGACAAAAGAGUGGAAAAUCGGCAAGACCACUCUAGACCCGCCGGAGAGACGCAUGAAGCAGUCCGCUCACAACAACAGGAAGGCUUACACGCUCCGGGCGUCCUGGCAUGUUCCGUGGUGCGGGUACGUCGAGAAGAUCGUGCAUCUCGAUCUCGACGACCUGAAGGUGGUCCCGGGCAAGGAAAAGAGCUGGGACGGUGGCGGCAGAGAGGACGGGGGCACGGAAUGGUUCCGGGCCGACAUUGACGUCGUCGAGGCCAGGGUGAAGCUCGCGAUCCGGAUGGUUGCCGCCCGCGAGGCAGACGAGGCGGACUUUUUGGGAGUGCAACCGGCGUUCUGUGGCAUGUUCCGUUGUGGCCUUCCCGUCCGGCGGCGGCGGCGACUCGAGCCCAAACUUGGCGCGAUCUGAUUUUGAGUUUCACACAUAAUUGUUUUCUUUCGAGUAUUAGAACGUAUCGACAGCGACGCGUCGCGUGUAAAUUGUGGAUUGUGUAUUUUUGUGUUUUUCGCCCCGGUCGGGCGGUA